UUUUUUUUUUUUAAGACUUCAUCUGGAGGUAUGCUGUUCAGUCCUGGAUAUCACAUUGUAAAAGGGACAUUUUGAAAGCACCCCUGUUAUUUUUCAAUUGCUACCAUUAAAAAAUAACAAAAUUGAACUAUGUAAUGAGCAUUGGGGUGAGAGGGGAAAAUGGGGGAGAACAAAAGAAAGGGUAACAUUGAUGAAGAAGCAUUGUACUCAUAACCUGACUUACGGAAUUGUAACUCCUUUGUACACAUAUCAUCAUCAUCAUGAUAAAUAACAAACUUUGUGGCUUAAAGCAGCACAUGUUAGGUCAAGUCCAUCAUGAUCCCUGUGCUAAAUCCAAGGCAUCCUCAGGGCUAUGUUCCUUUUGAGAAGCUCAGAGAAAAAAUAGGUUCUCUGCCUUUUCUAGAGGCACACAUGCACUUCUCAGAUUAUGACUUCUUUCUUUCAUCUUCAAAGUGCAGGCCUCAGCUCUGGGGCCUCAUCUGGGAAAGACUCACCUCUUUUAAAGGAUAGAUGUGAUUACAUUGCACCCAUCUGGAUAGUCUCCCAUCUCAGCUUCAUAAGCUCAGUCACUUCUACUGUAGAAGAUAACAUAUUUGCAAGUCUGAUGAUUAGGACAUGAACAUUAUUUUGCCUUUCAGUGUUAUCAGAGAAAAGCCCCAAGAUAUAAAUAAAGGGGUCAGUCAAGUCAGAUUGUGUUUAGAGACUCAGAAAAAGAAAACUUGAAGACCAUUCCCAAAUAUAUGCCUCAGAGAGAAUAAAAUAAUAUUUAUAAAAAUGUUAGGGCAAUAAAUGCAUAGUAGAGGGUUUCUAAUUCAAGGAUUCAUGGUACCAGGUGCAUAAAUACAGAAGCCCAAAGGGAAAGUGUUUAGAGAAGGUGGUGGGCCCAUGAAGCAGCUUGCCAAGAAUAGAAUUUGGGGCCCAAGUGUUUGCUUUAGAUCCAGCAGAUAAUCUGCAUGUCAGAAAGGGCUGUUUACCAAGUAGUCGGGAUUAUUCUUCUCCCUAAUAAAAGAGAUGGGGAAUGGAGAUGAAGGACUACCCUGCUGCAGAGAAGCAACUUUCUGGCCACUUGCUGCCAUGUUGGCACUUGUGUAGAUUCUAAGCAGGACAGGAAACUUCUGUUAAAGGGGAAAAAAGAUAUUUGAAGUUCAGAGGACUGUUCUUCCCCCACCCUAUAACAUAUGGAAAAGAAAUACCCUGUCAAAGCAAAGCCCAGCCAGAAGAGAUUAUGAGACUUUCCAGGCUCUUCCUUUGUAGUCGUCCUCACGUUUGUCUCUUUAAAUGCUUUACUUGACCUUUGAGAAGUUGCUGAUAAGUAGUUGUAGAGUUAAGUGAACAAACCCUCCCACCUGGCUGUUGGGUGGUAGCUCCCAAGGCUCCUGGAUAUGCGUUUUUUGCCAACUGAUACAGAAACAGCCCGGAAGGGGACAAAGUUUAGUCUGUGAGGAAAUAGUUGGCUGCUGGCAGUUUCAUGCAUUCUGACCAGACUUCAGCUUGCUGUUUUGGAGCCCUGUCUUACACCAGACACCUGUUCUACUCCACCUCUGAGUGUCAUCUCAGGACCUGGGCCACACUCAUGGCACGAUGGCCAACCCUCAGGAGCACCUGAGCUGCUCCCCUGCUCCAAACUCACCCUCAAGUGAAGGCCAGACCUUCACAGAGCUACAGGAUGAACUCACAGCCAUGGGGAACCACCCUUCACCCAAGCUCAACAAGGACCAGCCAAAAAGAGGGGGGGUUCACGCAGAGCUUGUGGAUGGGGUGAGCAGCCCCAUCACCACAACAGUGUUGACCAGCAUCAGUGAGGACUCCAGGGACCAGUUUGAGAACAGUGUUCUUCAGCUGAGGGAACAAGAUGAACCAGAGGUGGCUAUGUCUCAGGGGAACAGCAGCACCGUAGAUGGUGAGAACACAAGUGGAACUGAGGACAUCAAGAUUCAGUUCAGCAGGUCAGGCAGCAGCAGUGGGGGGUUUCUUGAAGGACUCUUUGGAUGCUUGCGACCUGUGUGGAACAUCAUUGGGAAAGCAUAUUCCACCGAUUACAAACUCCAGCAGCAAGAUACUUGGGAAGUGCCAUUUGAAGAGAUCUCAGAGCUGCAGUGGCUGGGCAGCGGAGCCCAGGGAGCUGUCUUCCUGGGCAAAUUCCGAGCGGAAGAGGUGGCCAUUAAGAAAGUGAGAGAGCAGAACGAGACAGAUAUCAAGCAUUUGAGGAAGUUGAAACACCCUAACAUCAUCGCAUUCAAGGGGGUGUGUACCCAGGCCCCAUGUUAUUGUAUCAUCAUGGAGUACUGUGCCCAUGGACAGCUUUAUGAAGUCUUGCGAGCUGGCAGGAAGAUCACACCUCGAUUGCUAGUAGACUGGUCCACAGGAAUUGCAAGUGGAAUGAAUUAUUUACACCUCCAUAAAAUUAUUCAUCGUGAUCUCAAAUCACCUAAUGUUUUAGUGACUCACACAGAUGCAGUAAAAAUUUCAGAUUUUGGUACAUCCAAGGAACUCAGUGAUAAAAGUACCAAGAUGUCCUUUGCUGGCACCGUUGCAUGGAUGGCACCAGAGGUGAUAAGGAAUGAACCUGUUUCUGAAAAAGUUGAUAUUUGGUCUUUUGGUGUGGUGCUUUGGGAGCUGCUGACAGGAGAGAUCCCCUACAAAGAUGUAGAUUCAUCGGCCAUUAUUUGGGGAGUUGGAAGCAAUAGCCUACACCUCCCAGUUCCAUCCACAUGCCCAGAUGGGUUCAAAAUCCUUAUGAAACAAACAUGGCAGAGUAAACCUCGCAACCGGCCUUCAUUCCGGCAGACACUCAUGCAUUUAGACAUCGCAUCUGCAGAUGUACUUGCCACCCCGCAAGAAACUUACUUUAAGUCUCAGGCUGAAUGGAGAGAAGAAGUAAAAAAACACUUUGAGAAGAUCAAAAGCGAAGGAACCUGCAUACACCGGUUAGAUGAAGAGCUGAUUCGAAGACGUAGAGAAGAGCUUAGGCAUGCACUGGACAUUCGUGAACACUAUGAGAGAAAGCUUGAGCGAGCUAAUAAUUUAUACAUGGAGCUGAGUGCCAUCAUGCUGCAGCUGGAGAUGCGGGAGAAGGAGCUCAUUAAGCGAGAGCAAGCAGUGGAAAAGAAGUAUCCUGGGACUUACAAACGACACCCUAUCCGCCCAGUAAUCCACCCAAAUGCCAUGGAGAAACUCAUGAAAAGGAAGGGCGUGCCUCACAAACCCGGGGUGCAGACCAAGCGACCAGAUCUAUUGAGAUAUGAAGGUAUUCCCAGUACAGAGGCGGCUUCCACCACAUCUCCUCAGUCUGGAAGCCCCAAAAUGUCCACUUCAAGCAGCAAGAACCGCUAUCGAAGCAAACCACGCCACCGCCGGGGCAACAGCAGAGGCAGCCAUAGUGACUUUGCAACAAUCUUGAAAACACAGACAGCCCAGGACACGUCACACCAUCCCUCUUACCUACACCAGGCUCCAUCCCAGUCCCCUUCUCUCCUUCCCCAUAACCCUGUGCAGCAGCAAUACCAGCAGCCCUCUCCUGCCAUGUCCCAGGGCCACCAGCCCAGACACAAUAUGCAUAGACAGGACAUUGCAACCUGUGCCAACAACUUGAGAUAUUUUGGACCAGCUGCAGCCCUGCGGAGCCCACUCAGCAACCAUGCUCAAAGACAGAUACCUGGCUCUAGCCCUGACCUCAUCUCCACAGCCAUGGAAGCAGACUGUUGGAGAAGUUCUGGGUCUGAUCAGGGCCAGGCUGGCCUUUGGGACUGUUGUCAGGCCGACCCCUAUGACCCCUGCCUCCAGUGCAGGCCAGAAGGGUCUGGGUCCCUAGACAUACCCACUACUGAGCCAGUGGGGAGGAACCCUGACCUUUCCAAGUCACCAGCACAUAAUCCCUUCUCACAAAAUGCCCACAGCUCUGAGACAGUGAGAGAAAAUGAAUUCAAUGGCUGUACAUCUGCAUCAUCCCUUGGCACCCCUCAUCACAUCACCCCCCCAGUGCUACCUCGGAAAACAAGGCCCCUUCAGAAGAGUGGAGAUGAUUCCUCAGAAGAAGAAGGGGAAGUGGAUAGUGAAGUUGAAUUUCCACGAAGACAGAGGCCCCACCGGUGUAUCAGCAGCUGCCAGUCAUACUCAACCUUCAGCUCUGAGAAUUUCUCCGUGUCUGAUGGAGAGGAAGGAAAUACUAGCGACCACUCAAACAGUCCCGAUGAGUUAGCUGGCAAAUUUGAAGACUGCCUGGUGGAGAAGCUAGACGACCUUCUGUCCCAGACCCCAGAGAUCCCCAUUGAGAUAUCCUCGCAUUCGGAUGGGCUCUCUGACAAGGAGUGUGCGGUGCGCCGCGUGAAGACUCAGAUGUCCCUGGGCAAGCUGUGCGUGGAGGAACGUGGCUACGAGAACCCUAUGCAAUUUGAAGACUCAGACUGUGACUCUUCAGACGGGGAGUGCUCUGAUGCCACAGUCAGGACCAGCAAGCUCUACAGCUCUGCCACUUGGUGAUGAAGGAGUGCCCUCUGGGAGACUUCCUGACGCUGGUGUUUUGAAUCCACCCCAGCCCUAAACUCUUUCCUGUCUCUCCCUGCUUUUUACAUGGGAGGAGAGCUACCCCAUCUUUACUACCCCCUAAAAGUGAGCUGCAAUAACAGGAACAUGAGACUUCGUUAAAUCUCUGGAAAAAAAUGAAAUUUAAGUCUCACUGAACAUUUCAAACAAGAAUGGCAGGGAUAUAUUUUAUUGAAUAUUCUAUCUACUGUAACAUUGAUAUUUAUUUUUGUUGGACAUUUUAACACUUUGUACUGUAAAGAGUGAACUAUAUAUGGUAUAUAGAAAGACAAUAAUUUCUUGCAAAAAAGAGAGAAAAAGAAAGAA